CAUCACUCGGGCGAUUACGUCGUCGCCUACAAUUCUGUAGCUUACUUUCUUGUUAUUGCUCCUUUUAUUGACCCUUCCAAGAUCGAUGCCCCAUUGCCUCCUCCCGCGACCGCCGCCACCACCGCCAACGUUUCCUCCCCAUCUCCGCUUCCAUGGGAGAGCAAACCCCCCCCUCCGCCGCCGCUUCUUCCUCCUCCUCCCCCAAGGAACUCCCCACCCCCAAUCCCUCUCCCGUUACCACCGCCACCAUCUCUCUCCGCCCCCGAAAGACCCGAAAGGUUUCCACCUCGUCCUCUUCUUCCGCGGCCGAAGACGCCUCCAAGAAAACCCCCUCCUCCACCGGCCGCCUCGCCGUCCGCGUGGUUCCCCGGCCGCUGUCCGCCGACGGGGAGAUCGCUGCCGCCCUACGUCACCUCCGCGCCGCCGACCCCCACCUUGCCCGCGUCAUCGACGCCCACGAGCCGCCCCUCUUCCAGUGCCUCCACCCCCCAUUCCAUGCCCUUGCCCGCAGCAUCCUUUACCAGCAGCUCGCCUUCAAGGCCGCGACCUCCGUCUACACCCGCUUCCUGUCCCUCUGCGGCGGCGAGGCCGGCGUCGUUCCCGAGGCUGUCCUCGCCCUCAACCCGCACCAGCUCCGCCAGAUCGGUGUCUCUGGCCGCAAGGCUUCCUACCUUCAUGACCUCGCCCGCAAGUACCACAAUGGCAUCCUCUCCGACGCCGCCAUCGUGGCCAUGGAUGACAAGUCGCUGUUUACCAUGCUCACUAUGGUCAAGGGCAUCGGCGCCUGGUCCGUACACAUGUUCAUGAUCUUUUCGCUCCACCGCCCGGAUGUGCUCCCCGUCGGCGACCUAGGUGUUCGUAAGGGGGUGCAGAUGCUAUAUAGCCUCGAGGAUGUCCCACGGCCUUCGCAGAUGGAGCAGCUCUGCGAGCGGUGGAGACCCUAUCGCUCCGUCGGGUCCUGGUACAUGUGGCGCCUCGGUGAAGCGAGGGGCGCACCAACUAUGGCUACAUCCAGCACUGAAGGAAUCGAUAUUUUUGCCAUGGGAGGAGGAACAGUGCAGCAGGCACAGCUUAUCGAUCCUAUUCAGAUGCUUCCUAGUCUUGGAUGAAACUGCAAGAUUCCUACUGAAUCAAGUACCUGCAGAUUGUUGGAGGGUUAUAAACAAUUCUUGCUCGGUAAAUGUUGUCGCCAAGCGACUGUUGCUUUCUCCUCUCUAUGAAAAGAAAAUAGAACAAGUUUUCUUUUUCUGGAAUUUGACUAGCGUGACAACAUUUAUUUGAAGUUGAACUUACAACCUGAUGAAGCUGUUGCCAGAGAGGUAAUAGCUUGAUCUGUAGGUUUUUGCAUAAUUAAGAUCCAAGUAGAUUUUUAUUCUCUGUGGUGGAAAGUUAGGACUGCUGAAUUUUGAGGUCAUCAGAAGUUUUAUAAUUGCUGUUCUUUAAUAGAUUAUGAAACCAUUUUUUUUGUUACAA